AUGUUAGACAAUAUUAACACCAGCAUAUCAUCUCCAGAGGCCAGCAUUACCCACCAAGGAAGAUACAUCUACCUGGAGGCACUGCUUCAAGGAGGCGCUCCAUGGGGAUUCACCCUGAAAGGAGGGCUGGAGCACGGGGAGCCGUUAAUCAUCUCAAAGAUCGAACAGGGAGGUAAAGCAGACUCCCUGCCUUCCAAGCUGCAGGCUGGUGACGAGGUGGUGAACAUCAACGAGGUGGAACUGAGCAGCUCCAGGAGAGAGGCCAUCUCCCUGGUGAAAGGGUCCUACAAGAAACUGAAGCUGGUCGUCCGCAGGGACACACAUGCAGCAAAGGGAUGCACUGACCUGUCCCCCAGCCCGGACUGUCUGACCACUCACUUCCAGCCCAGCAAAUCCUCGUGGACAGGAGGAGUUAAGCUACGGGUGAAGACCAGGCGGACUGAAGCUCCAGGCCGACCUCACUCCUGGCAUUCAACCAAACUUGUGGAGAACCAACCCGAUCCCAGCAUGAUGCAAAUAUCUCAGGGUACGCUUGGCACCCCUUGGCAUCAGUCCUACCACUCCAGCUCCUCAACCAGCGAUCUCUCUGGCUAUGAGCAUGGCUAUCUGAGGAGAAGUCCCGACCAGUACAGCUCCCGGGGCAGCAUGGAGAGCUUGGACCACCCCUCCCCUGGCUACCAUCCUUGUCACCUGUCCCCAGCCAAAUCCACCAACAGCAUCGACCAGCUCUCCCACCUUCACAGCAAGAGAGACUCUGCCUACAGCUCCUUCUCCACCAACUCCAGCAUCCCCGAGUAUCCUGCUGCCCCCUUCAGCAAGGAGCACUCCUGCUCCACAGACAGCCUGCAGCCCCGAGGAGGCCUGCAGGAGGGCAUCAGGCAGGCUGACAUCAGGUACGUCAAGACUGUCUAUGAUGCCCAGCGUGGGAUCUCCAAGGAGUAUGAGGUGAAGUCCUCUGCCUUGCUCCCCAGCUGUGAGGCUAGGGCCUCUCUGGAGGGCCGCAGCCAUGGCAGGCUCCAUGGCUUCCUGCGGCACAACCUGGCUCCCUCCUGGGCACAGCCAGGCCAGGGCUCCCUGGAUAGCAAGAGCCAGCCCCACAAGGGACCUCCCUUACCUCCCGCUCGCAGCGACAGCUAUGCAGCCACCAGGCACCACGAGAAGCCCAGCUCCUGUGCUGGCCUUGACCUGAGCAAGCCUGGUCGGAGUCAGCCAAAAGGGGCCUGGUCUCCACUUGUCAGCACCCUGUCCCAGGGGCCACUGCUGAAAAGCCCCUUUGGAGAAGGGCACCUGCACACCGUGGUGGAGAAGAGUCCAGAGAGUAGCCCCACUGUGAAGCCCAAGCAGAGCUAUUCCCAGCCAGCCCAGCCAGGUCAGCCCCUGCUGCCUACUGGUGUCUACCAAGUACCUUCCCCAGAGCCACACUAUGCCCAGGUGCCCCAGCCCUCUGCAAGCAGCAACGGGACGCUUUAUCCAGCUCUGGCCAAAGAAAGUGGCUACUCUCCACCUCCUCCAGUCUCCUAUGACAAGGCUGUAGCCAGCUGCACCCUGGGCUUUGAUGAGAAUGGAAACCAAAGCACUGCAAACAGAUCAACCAUCUUCUACCAGCCCCCAGCAGCUGAGAGAAAGCAUGAGGCUGCAGCAAAGCUUCUCCAGCAGAAACCUCCUGGCACAGCAGGCACAGAAGUCUGCCCGACCACGUUGAGAAAGGAGGAGCUGUUACCCCCCUACAAGGUGGCACACAGCAGCCGAGAGACCACAAGUCCUGCACAGGCCACCAAACAGAGUUUUCAAACUCCACAGCCCCAGGUGAGGGAUGCUAGUGAGAGAAAAACCCAUUUCCAGCCCAAGGAGGAGUGGACAGCAGAGUCCUUGGAGGACAAAAAUGGCAAGGCACAGAUCAACGAGAGAGACUCUGGUAGCCAUCAGCAGUGGGGUCACAGCAAGGCCAAGCAGUAUGGCUUCUCCUCCUUGCAGAACAUCCCAGAGAGCUCCAGGAGGCAGAGCAGCUCCGAGCUAAAAGAGAUGCAGGUGGGUGAGGGUUAUUCCAUCCCCAGACUGUCCUUGGGCAGUAAAGAAGAGAAGGACCACAGGGCACAGGGGCACAGACAGUGGAGUGAUGUGGACCCACAGGCCUUUGUGAGGCAGGAGGAGGAGGAAGGCACCGGUGUGACUCUGUUCCACACUGCUGAGCCUAAGCAUAAAGAGCCCUCAUCUCCACAGCACCCAAAAACCUCUGACUUUGGGAGGAGCCGGCUCAGCUCCAGCAGCACCCAGAGCUUUCCCUACAGCAAAGCAGAGGCUGCCAAGCCCCGCUGCUCUGUGCUGGAGAAGGUCACCAAGUUUGAGCAGCGAGAGCAAAGCGCUCCCCGACCCCAGAGCGCCGGCAUGCCCAGCUUCGGCCAGCACUAUGGGCCCAGCAGGACCAGCCAGCCCUCCAGCACCAGGUGCUCUCUGCACAGCCUGGAGGACAUGCGGAGCAAGCUGCCCAGUGAGCCAGGCAGCGUCUCCAGCCCCUCCAUCAGGAAUGGGAAGCUGGAGGAGGCUGACUGGCGCACUAUAGAGCUGCAGAUGGUGGCUUCGGCGAAGCAGGUGAGACCCAGCGAGUACUACAGCUUGUGUCCUGAAAAUGAGGUGCAAACAAGGGCAGCUCAGCUCCUGAGGAGUAAAAGCACAUUCCAGCUGGGGGAUGAACCUGAGAAGGAGAUCCUCUGGAAGGAUAACAUCCAGGAUGCCCAUGGGCUGGACACACCAUUUAACAGGGCCUACAGGAACAGCAUUAAAGACGCUCAGUCCAGGGUGCUGAGGGCCACUUCCUUCCGUCGCAUCAGCCCCCCAUUUGGGAGCGCGUCCAAGAGAACAGCCCAGAGGCCUGCCUCAGCCCACAUGGGCGUGAGGAGCACGGCAGCUUCUCCCCACACCCCAAAGGAGAGGCACAGUAUCACGCCCACAGAAGGCAGCCUCUCUGCCCUGGACUAUGGCAAGGGGCAGCACGUCUCGCGCAUCGGGGGCCGGAGGCGGCUGACGGCGGAGCAGAAGAAGAGGUCCUACUCGGAGCCGGAGAAGAUGAACGAGGUGGGCAUCUCUGACGGGGAGCCAUCGCCCUUCUCCUUCCAGAAGAAGAGCAGCCACUUUGUGUUCCCGGAGAACACGGUGGCCGACCGGCGCAAGAUCUUCGAGCGGGAUGGCAAAGCCUCCUCCACCGCCUGCCUGUCCAAGCCGGAGCUGAAGCAGCUCCAGCAGAGCGCCCUGGCCGACUACAUCGAGCGCAAGACUGGGCGCCGGCCGUCCUCGCAGGACGUGGGGCUGCUGAGGGAGCGUGCCCACAGCUCCUACCUGCAGCCCGGAGCCAUGGACAGCCAGAGCCUCUCCUCUGCCUCCAGCAUGAAUUCCCUCCAGGACCAGAACCUCUACCGCCGGAGAGAGUCCUUCGAGCGGAUAUCCAGGAUGGGGAGGAUAUCUUCUACCCUUCCUCCUGAGCUGCUGGGCUACUUUGAUCUGAGUGGAGAUGAGAGGAAACCAGGGCGCCAGGACAGCUUGGCCACGAGCCGCCCCAAAGCAGAGAAGUGCCGGGAUUACAGAGCCAGAACAGAGCUCACCAAAGGCACGCAGACGGACCCUCUGGGUGUGCAAGGCCAGCCUCGCUACGGGAAGCAGGAGCAGGUCUUGGAGAUGCCCUCCAGCAGCAGGAAAUCUGGGAAGUCGGUGUCCGUGGAGGACCUGCUCGAUAGGCAUGACCAGCAGACGGUUCCCGUGCACGUACGCUCCCGGUCAUCACCCACCGCAGAGAAGAAGCACCAGGACCCACUGAGAAGGGACAGCAGUGAGUUUGGCCCCAUGGUGAGAGACCCUUUCUACGUGGUCAGCGCGGGACCCAGGUCUUUCAGCAAGCAAGAAAGAAGCCACUCAGAAAAAAUGGCCUUCACAAGUUAUUAUCCCCAUCCUCACCACAGCAGCGAGGCUGUCACCGGGCCUGCCACGCUGACCGAGAACCACAGGCUCUCAGAACUUGCCAGGCCAGACAGCAGGACUUCUGCAUUUGUCCUAACCCCAACGGAGGCAAGGAGUCACUAUCCUGAGCAAAAGCAAGGCUUUAAACCCUUGUUCCUUAACCUUUCUCCUGGGGCUGGCCAGUCCUCCCCUGACACACCCGCCCAGACUCCCUCAGACUUGCAGAGUGCAGGGGAUGGCCAGGCUGUGAGACAGCACCAUGCCAAACGAGAUGCUGCUCCCCCUGAGGGCAACAGUGACAUGCAGGCACAAUCUUUGGGUGCUGUCCAGGAUAGAUCCCCUGGGAGCCCCACAGAAGAAAUGAUGUGGAGAAGAAAAGCCGGGCUGCUUCACCGAUCCCUCCCACCCAAAGUGCUGUGGGCUCACUCGCUCAAAGACAACAGCUACCCAAGGGCUGUGGUGUCUCCUCCAGUGGCUGGGCCAAAGUUCUCCCAGAGGUGGCAGUCCCUGCCCACGCAGAGCAGCACUUCUUCUGACCCAGAGACUCCUUCUCCCCAGGGGACAACCCAUCUCCGGAUCUCGGAGUCGGUGCUGCAGCUCACACCGCCACCGGCGCUGCAGGACGACGAAGAUGACGAAGUGUUUGUCACAGCCUCCCAGCCUGCUGUCGCCUCUCCACCCUUCUCACCCCCACUGCCAUCCCAUCCCCUUCCUGAGCUGAGCUCCUGUACUUCUGCAAACAGCACAGAGGGAUUCCCACCUUCUCCCCCACCGCUGGCGCUGGAGGGGACCACUGGGGCAGCUGGAGACAAAGCCCCCAGGCUGGCAGAGGAGGCCAAAGCAAGCAGCUUCAAAAGCUUUCCCAAAGCCCUGGCUGAGAGGGAGGGCACCAGUAUCAGUGAAAGGGACUGGCCCCUCUCACCACAUGCAUCAAAGAGGACCAGCUCUCCAUCUGCUGUGGACAAGCAGCACCAGUUACCUGCUUCUUCUGAAGGACUUCAGAGUGCUGACAGGCAGCCCAUAAGUCCACCUGAAGGUAAUCACAGAGAGCCAGCAGUCGCCACCCGGGAGUCGGAGAACAGCAGCCUGGACUCUGGGCCGCUCAGCACAGCAUCUCCGGUGAAGACAAAGACCAAGAGCCCAGAAGAUAUUAAGUCAGAGGCUCUAGCAAAAGAAAUUGUCCACAAAGACAAGUCUCUGGCUGAUAUCUUGGAUCCAGAUUCCAAAAUGAAGACAACCAUGGACUUAAUGGAAGGGAUUUUCCCCAGUGGGACCAGCUUGCUGAAGGAGAACAUGAAAAGGAAGACGACGCAGAAGAAAGCUAACAGGACAGCAGCUGAAGAUGAAAUGAAAGAAAAGGAAGCUCCUGUCACCCUGGUCACCUGUCCUGCUUAUUACAACGUUUCAGCACCCAAAGCAGAGCUGCUGAAUAAAAUCAAGGACUUGCCAGAGGAAGUCGGUGAAGAAGAGGAGCUGCUGGACAUCAACGAGAAGAAGGCUGAGCUCAUCGGCAGCCUGACCAACAAACUGGAAAUCCUGAAGGAAGCCAAGGAGGGCCUGCUUGCGGACAUCAAGAUGAACAAUGCUCUUGGAGAAGAGGUGGAGCUGUUGAUCAGCAAUCUCUGCAAGCCUAAUGAGUUUGACAAGUACAAGAUGUUCAUUGGUGACCUGGACAAGGUGGUGAACCUGCUGCUCUCCCUCUCGGGGCGCCUGGCCCGCGUGGAGAACGUCCUGAGGAGCCUGGGGGAAAAUGCCAACAGUGAAGAGCGGAGCUCCCUGAAUGAGAAGAGGAAGCUGCUGGCUGGCCAGCACGAGGACGCUCGGGAGCUGAAGGAAAACCUUGACCGUCGAGAACGGGUGGUCUUGGAGAUCCUGGGUAACUACCUGUCUGAGGAGCAGCUCCAGGACUACCAGCACUUUGUGAAGAUGAAAUCUGCGCUCCUCAUCGAGCAGCGAGAGCUGGACGAUAAAAUCAAACUGGGUCAGGAACAGCUCAAGUGCCUGAUGGAAAGCCUCCCCACGGACUUCACACCAAGGGAUGCAACAGCAGCAGCUGCCCUUGCUGCACUACUUGCUACCUCCAGCGGGGUCAGUGGUAAAACACCUCCAGCAGUCUCCUCCUCACUCUAA